AUGAAUAUUUUACAAUAAAAAUAAAAUUAAGAGAUUUAAGAGACAAUAUGUAAGAUUCAUAAUUUAGAAUUGAUUGCAGUUGAUUUGGAUAUGAAUGAUAAAUAAUAAAUAAAUUUUUUUUGUGGUAAAUGUUUAGUUGAUAAAUUAAAUAAUAAUAAAGUAACAACUAUUGAAUAAUCAAAAGAAAGAAUAUAAUAAAUUAAGAUUUAAUAAUAAGAAAUAAAGACUAAAGAGAAUUAAACAAGACUGAAUUAUUAUAAAAAUAUUUUAGAUUAAAUAAUGGAUUUUAAAAGAUCAAUAGAUGAUUCUUUAGAAAAGAUGUAUAAAUAAAUUUAAUAAUAUAUGUUUCCAAUUUAAAAGGAGAAAUAAGAAUUAUAAGAAAAUUAAUAUCAAUUGAAUUAUUUUGAAGAUAUUAAAUAAUUAUCAGAAUUAUAUUCAUAAGAUUAAUAGAAAUCAAUUAAAUUAAUAGAAGAUAAUACUUUUAUAGAUUAAUUAACAAGAUAAUUUGAAUUAUUAUUUAAUAAUGCUGAAUAUUUUUAGACUUUAGAUAUAUUUAAAAAUACAAAAUAAAUAAUAUAAGAUAUAAUAGAAAAUAAUAUAAUUGAAUUACAACCAUUAUAAUAAACAAAAAAUGAAUAUGUAAAUAAUUAUUAUUUAUAUUAGAAAACACCAAGUUUAAAUAGAAUUUGUAUAAAUCAUAAAAAAGAAAUUAUUAUGAUUGAUAUAGAUACUUAAAAUAAGGAAAUAGAAGAUAGAUUUGUUUGUGUUGAUUGUAUAUCUUAAAAUCCAUAAAUUAAAUAUGAAACAAUUGAAAAUGUUAAUAAAUUAUGGAUAGAUUAUAAUUCAGAAUCUUAAAAUAUAUUAUAAUAAUAUAAAAAAGAAAUUAAAAAUAAAAGAUAUGAUUUAUUUAAUUAAAUUACUUAAAUGAGAAAAAAUUAUAAUUAAAAAUUAAAUGAAAUUAGUGAUAAAUUAAUAUUAGAAUAAUAAUAAUAAUAAUAAUA